GCGGGCUCGUUCGUCAGCCUCGCGCGCGAAGCAGGAAACCGGCAGGAGGCCCCGGGCGGCCGGCGCGGGCGCCGGGGCACGUCCGCAGGUUCCGCGGGGAGGUGGCGGCCGCUGAGAGGCCGGAGAGCCGAGGGCGGGCCUGGGAGGCGGCGGGGAGGUGGGGCGCGGGCGGGGCCGGCCCGCGCGGGCUUCAUCUGCGGACGCACGGCCUGCUCCCCAGGGCUGGUUCUCCAGGGCGCCGGGCGACGACCGGCCGGACCGGCCAUGGACCGCCGCUGGGGCUUCCUGAUCGGCCUCCUGAGUGCCGUGUGGCUGCUGCUCCGCUCGGGCCACGACGAGCCGCGGCCCCCGGAGACGGCGGCGCAGCGGUGCUUCUGCCAGGUCAGUGGUUACUUGGAUGAUUGUACCUGUGAUGUUGAAACCAUUGAUAAAUUUAAUAACUACAGGCUUUUCCCAAGACUACAAAAACUUCUUGAAAGUGACUACUUUAGAUACUACAAGGUAAACCUGAAGAGGCCCUGUCCUUUCUGGAAAGAUAUCAGCCAGUGUGGAAGAAGAGACUGUGCCGUCAAGCCUUGUCAAUCUGAUGAAGUUCCUGAUGGAAUUAAAUCUGCAAGCUACAAGUAUUCUGGAGAAGCCAAUAAUCUCAUUGAAGAAUGUGAACAGGCUGAACGACUUGGAGCUGUGGAUGAAUCUCUGAGUGAGGAAACACAGAAGGCCGUUCUUCAGUGGACCAAGCAUGAUGAUUCCUCAGACAACUUCUGUGAAGCUGAUGACAUACAGUCUCCUGAUGCUGAGUACGUAGAUUUGCUCCUUAAUCCUGAGCGCUACACGGGUUACAAGGGACCAGAUGCUUGGAGGAUAUGGAAUGUCAUCUAUGAAGAAAACUGUUUUAAGCCACAGACAAUUAAAAGACCUUUAAAUCCUUUGGCUUCCAGUCAAGGGAAAAGUGAAGAGAACACUUUUUAUAGCUGGCUAGAAGGUCUCUGUGUAGAAAAAAGAGCCUUCUACAGACUUAUAUCUGGCCUACAUGCAAGCAUUAAUGUGCACUUGAGCGCACGCUAUCUUCUACAAGAUACCUGGUUAGAACAGAUAUGGGGACACAACGUAACAGAAUUUCAGCAGCGGUUUGAUGGAAUUUUGACUGAGGGAGAAGGUCCAAGAAGGCUUAAGAAUUUGUAUUUUCUCUACUUAAUAGAAUUAAAGGCUUUAUCUAAAGUGGUACCAUUCUUUGAGCGCCCAGAUUUUCAACUCUUCACUGGGAAUAAAGUUCAGGAUGCAGAUAACAAAAUGUUACUUCUGGAAAUACUUCAUGAAAUCAAGUCAUUUCCUUUGCAUUUUGAUGAGAAUUCAUUUUUUGCUGGGGAUAAAAAAGAAGCAAACAAACUAAAGGAGGAAUUUCGACUGCAUUUUAGAAAUAUUUCAAGAAUCAUGGAUUGUGUUGGUUGUUUUAAAUGUAGACUGUGGGGAAAGCUUCAGACUCAGGGUUUGGGUACUGCUCUGAAGAUCUUGUUUUCUGAGAAACUGAUAGCAAAUAUGCCAGAAAGUGGGCCCAGUUAUGAAUUCCAACUGACCAGACAAGAAAUAGUAUCAUUAUUUAAUGCAUUUGGAAGAAUUUCUACAAGUGUGAAAGAAUUAGAAAACUUCAGGAACUUGUUGCAAAAUGUUCAUUAAAGAAAACGAGUUGAAAUGUACCUGUGCUGGACAAUGGAGGUCAAAGAGUGGAGUUUUAUUCAAAGGCAUAACGACAGUCUUAAGGCAAAUAUUUUAUAAAGCUGCUUUUGUAAAAGGAGAAUUAAAUUAUUUUAAGUAAACAUUUUUUAAAAUUGUGUUAGAUCUAUGUAUAAUAUUGUGAAUAAAAGUAAUACUUUGGUAAUAUGGUACAAAUUUUAAAGUUUAAUGUUGAAUAAAAUCAGGAUUAUUAAAUUCAUAUAUGUUAAAAGUAAGUACCUGAUGUUCUAAAUCUCUCAAACUAGAAUUUUGUGUAAGAUGUAAUAUAAAUAAAACUAUGGCCAAUAUGACAAGUGUUUAAUAGAAAAAUGCUAAGGAGGCUCAUGAAUAACCCAUAAUUAACAGCCUAAAAAUUUUCAAUACAUUUAGACUUAAAUGAUUUAGUAAAUAAAAAUACAGAAUGCCCAGUUACAUUUGAAUUUCAGAUAAACAAAAUUUUAAAAAAAUGUAAGUAUGUUGCAUGCAAUACUUGGGACAUACUUAAAAAAAAUUAUUCCUUAUUUAAAAUUCAAAUUUAACUGGUUAGCUUUGUGUUUUAUCUGGCAACUCCAAAAUAUAUUGAUAUGAAAAAAAGUCACUUUUAGAGUUAUGUUACUAUUUUGAUUGGCUUGUUUUUGUUUGUAGAAAGAUACAAUCACAACUAAAAGGUAUACAGGAUUUCUAUGCAUUGUGAAAAGUUGUAAGGAUUUAUACAUGUAUUCUCAUAAUACUUUAUCUAAUACUGGAUAAAUUUAGGAGAAAUCUUUUAUUUUUAUAUAUUUUCAAAUUUACAGGGAAGUUUCUAGGAUAGUACAAAGAACUUUUAUCCAGAUUCAUUGACUGUUAAUAUUUGCUUUAUCUUUCUUGCUCUUUAUUUAUACACAUACUACUUUUAACUCAAUCAUUUGAAAGUCAAUGACAGGCCCUUUGAACCCUACAUACCUUAGUUUGUAAUACUGAAUAAUUUAUUAAAAACUAGAGGCCCAGUGCAUGAAAUUCAUGCACGGGGGGGGGGUCCCUCAUCCUGGCCUGCACCUGCUUGCAGUCCGGGACCCCUUGGUGGACAUCCCUCUUGCAGUCCCAGACCCCUUGCUCCUUAUCAUCUGCAUGCUCGCUGCUCCUUACCGCUCGGCUCGCUGCUCCUUAGCACAGCAAAGGAGGGAGAGGCUCCUGCCACUGCAGCUGUACUUGCCAGCCAUGAGUCCGGCUUCUGGCUGAGUGGUGCUCCUCCUGUGGGAGUACACGGACCACCACGGGGCAGUUCCUGCAUUGAGCGUCUGCCCCCUGGUGGUCAGUGCGUGUCAUAGCGACUGGUUGUUCCGCCAUUUGGUCGAUUUGCAUAUUAGCCUUUUAUUAUAUAGGAUAAUUUUUUUCAGGAAAAAAAACCUGGAACUAUAAUGUGAUAAGCCUUAGAAUAAGGAAUCAUUUUGAGUUUGUUUUGUCGCCCUUUUAAUGUUUGAUCUGUAAACUCAUAGGAAUGUCAUUUAAUUUAUUUUUUGGUAUUCAUUUCCUUUUUCUCCUUAAAAACUAAACUGUAAUUUUUGGAGGUUUUAUUAGUGAAAGCUCUUCAAUGAUAAAAAUUUUUGAAGGGGUUUGGGAAUUUAUGUCACAAGGUAAUUGUAGAGAAAAAAGAAACUGGCCGAAACCGGUUUGGCUCAGUGGAUAGAGUAUCAGCCUGCGGACUGAAGGGUCCCAGGUUCGAUUCCGGUCAAGGGCAUGUACCUUGGUUGCGGGCACAUCCCCAGUUGGGGGUGUGCAAGAGGCAGCUGAUCGAUGUUUCUCUCUCAUCGAUGCUUCUAACUCUCUAUCCCUCUCUCUUCCUCUCUGUAAAAACUCAAUAAAAUAUAUAUUAAAAAAAAGAAAAAAGAAACUGUAUACCUCAAAAUUAUGUGCCUCUUUAUAUGUCACAUUAUUAAUGAAGUAGGGUUUAUUUAUAUAAUGGUUUAGAAAUGUCAUUUUACACUGCUGUAUUCUUUUUCUUCUCUGUGUCCCUAAGACCUGGUGUAGUGUCAAACACAUAGUGGGUAUCCAAUAAAUAUUUGUUGAAUGAAUGUAUGAAUAUGUAUUCAGUAUAUUUUAAAUGAAUAAUUUCAGAGCUAAGUGUAACAAUAUGUUGUAUUUCCUUUUCCCCCUUCAUUUGAAUAGGGUAGGAAAAGAAAGACAUAACCUUACUAGUUAAAUCAGUAUUCUUGGAGACUCAAAGGACUAUGACAUAAUCACCAUAUGUAAAAGUUUAAGGACAUUGGUAGUGCUCUGAAAAUGUGGUAGAUGGAUUUAAAGGGUAAUUUGUCUGUAUACCUCUCUCAUGCCCCUGCCCUUUUUUCACCAGUCAAAAAUUUUUUUGAAAGAAUAUUCCUAUCUUCACUUUGUCACCUUCCACUUGCUCCUUAACUAAAAUCGGGCUUUUGGCUCUGUAGUUCUUAACAAUCUUUUCCUUUGAAGUCUCAACAUCCAGUUCUAAAUCCAGGUCAAAAGGCAUUUCUUAUUUGACUUUUUUUUUUUCUGCAUUUGACAUUGUUGACAACCCCUUCUUUAAAAAUCCCUUUUUAAACCUCUGAUUUCCUUAUAUUUCACUUAAUCCUGGAUGCCUUCCUUUGAGCCUGUUUUAAUUUGUACUACUCCUCAGGCUCUCAUUCUUGCUCUCUUAAUCACCACCACUUCUCACUUUUGGGUAAUUGCAAUUCAAUGAUUUCUAAAUCCUUAUCUUUAGCCCAGACUUUAGAUAUAUCUUUACUUAGUUGUCCUACAUUAUCUUUAAUUGUGUGUCUUUAAGCAAUCAUUCUCCCCCAAGCCUACUCUUAUACCUAUGUUCCUUACUCUGCUUAAAUUCAGAACCAUUAUCAUCUAAAUUUUCUAGGCUCACUCCUUUCCUCCACUUACCCCUAUCCAGUCAGUGUCUAAGUGCUACGGAUUUUAUCUCCAUAUCUCUGAUACAUCACUGUCUUUCCAUUUUAAUUGACUGCUCUUACCUAAAGUACUACACUAACCUGUCUUAUACCCAGCCUGUCUUUUUCUGUUUUGCUCCACAAUGUUACUAGAGUGGGUUUUCUAGAAGCACUCUAACAAGGUUCCCUGAUGUGUGUCUCCCAGUCCCACCUCCCCCACCACCCACGUUCUGACAAAAUGGACUUAUAGUUCUUCAAAUGCACCAUGGUCAGUUGCCUACACCAUGGUGCAUGCUGUUCUCUUUGCAUCAAGUGCCCUAGCUAUCCGUCCCCACUUGGACAAUUUCUGUGUAUCCUUGCAGGCCCCCAUAAAGCAUCACCUCUGUGAAAUCUCCCGUUUCAUCCAAGGAGGACCGUCACUAACUUCCUUUUCUGUGUUACCACUGUAAUUACAACCUACCUCUAUUGUGCCACUUAUUGUACUGGAUUGUUUUUGUGUUUUAAAGCCUCCUCUACUAGAAUGUGAGCUCCUUAAGGGCAGGAAAAAGAACUUGAUCCGUUUUUGCAUCUCUAUAGCAUAGUUUUUGGCAUAUGAACACUUAAUAAACGAAUGUUUGUGGAAUAAA